CAAAUGAAGAUCGGGAACGACGAAGCGGGAGAUCAAACAAAACAACAUGCCCACGUCCAAAUAAGAGGCUAAAGUCAAGUCAUAUUUUGGACAUUGAGUGCUACAGUAUGGACGAUUCAAAACCUACCAGAACUCUACGGAAGAGAAAUGUUUCCGUUCGGUUUGCGGAAGAUGUAGACCUCCAGCUCACGCACACUUUGUGUGAGAAUCGUCGCCUAGAAGGCAAGGAGAAUGCUCGUCGCGUUGCUUCUGACAAGACUGUAACUCCUGCUUCAGGUCGCAGAAAAUCUCUUCGUCAAGCAAACGAAGACUGUAGCAUCAAGGAAUCUGUGCUUGAUAAAAUUGAAGAGGAAUUACCAGCAGAAUUCACUGAAAGAGUUCACAAACCUCUAGCUCUUCUUGGAGAUGAGGACGAUGCAGUGGUUCAAGUUGGAUUUCAGACUCCUAGAAAGCGUAAAAGUAUGGUCCUUAAAGCCCAGGAAUCUGCCAGUAAAUACUCCUCUCCCUUUAAAGUAGAUGAAAAUGUGACACCAAGUAAGACACCUAGGCAUAAAGAUUCGGAAAAUGUCUCAUGUACUCCCAGCCGGAGAGUGUCAUUCAACACUAAGGCCAUUGGUGCCACCCCAUCUAAGCUUGAUGGCACACCAACUAAAUCUGCUCUCAAAAAAAGGGAUAGUACAGUUGGCACUCCCAAGUCUCGUGUAUCACUACAGCUGCAUGAUACUCCAUCUCGUACCCCAUCAAAUUCCAUUCCAGGAGUAGACAAAACACCUUCCCGUCUGCGAUCUAGAACAAGAGCUCUGAUUCAAAAGUCUCUUGCAGAAUCUGGUAGUGAUGAUGGUGAUUUUUCCUCUGAUGAAGAAGGAUCUUUCAAACCUAGUGAUGAAAGCUCUGAAUCCAGCAAUGAAUCGUCAGGGGAUGAAGAUGAAUCUCCCAACAAGGCCACUGGAAAAAUGGAAUUGAAAACGAAGCAGGUAGUCUCUACCCCACAAAGUCGUGCCACUUCCUCAAGAACUUCUCGCAGAAAUAUCAAAGAGGAAAAAGAUUUUGAAAUAACAACAGAUGCCUACUUUGAAACUCAAAGUGCAAAGCAGAUUACAUCUAAUAACACACUUAGCAGGCUGAGAACACCUAGACUUCAACAGGACGCAUUGCAUAAACUGCUAGAUGAUGUAGAUGCUCCUCACCACCAACCCAUCACACAACUUUGUGAUGAGUAUCGAGAUCAUGCAGACCAGUGGCUAUUUUCCCUUUGGGAGGGCUACAGUGUGCUUUUAUAUGGAUUAGGCUCAAAGCGGCAUGUUAUUCAGACAUUACAUCAGGAAGUGCUCUGCGACUGCAAUGUUUUGGUAGUUAAUGGAUUUUUUCCAGGCGUCCUCAUCAAAAACGUGCUUGAUGACAUACUUACUGAGAUUUUAGAUGUAAACGACAUCCCCUCCAAUUUAUUAGAAUGUGUAGAUUUGAUUGAAUCCAUCCAGUCCAAGAAACAAGCAGAACCAAUCUAUCUCUUGGUUCAUAAUUUGGAUGGAGCUUCAUUUCGCAAUGAUAAAGCACAAGCAAUAUUUUCUCACCUUGCUCAAAUCCCAAAAGUACACCUCAUUGCCUCUAUUGAUCAUAUUAAUGCACCGCUUUUAUGGGAUCAAACAAAGUUGAGGCGCUUUAAUUUUGUUUGGUAUGAUGUGACCACAUUUGUUGCUUAUGCUGCUGAAACUUCUUAUGAGAGUUCUCUACUUAUCCAACAGUCUGGAGCUCUGGCCCUGUCUUCUUUGAACUCAGUGUUUAAAUCACUCAUUCCUAAUGCAAAGAAGGUGUUUGUUUUGGUGGCUAAGAACCAGCUUGAUAACUCCAAGAAUCAGAGUUUCUCAGGAAUUUCCUUCCAAGAUUUGUAUUGGAAGUGUAGAGCAGCCUUCUUGGCUAGCUCUGAUAAGGUGCUAAGAGCUCAAUUGACUGAAUUUUUAGACCAUCAUCUCCUGAGAGCCCGCCGUGGUGCUGAUGGUGUUGAAACCCUCAUCAUCCCUAUUGAAAACGGCAUAUUGUCUCAAUUUUUAGAAACUCAGGAGCAAGAAGGAAGCAUGUAAACAUGCUCAGUUUUAAGAUAGUCUUGCAUAAUAAUGUUUGCUAUUAAAUAGCUGUAUUUCUCUAGUCGGUUAAGAUGAGCAUAGGCUGGAAGAUUAGACAUAUUUUCCCAGGUAAUUUCAUUACAACACAAGAUGUUUUGAAUGCUUAUAAAUGUAUUGAUGGUAUUGUUUAAUUUUGUGGAUAUAAUCCAGUUCAAUGAAAUCGCUGCAACUCUGAUCAAAUUGGUUGUUUAAAUCUUGUAGAGCCCUUUGUAUCAAGGCUGAAUUUGUAUUAAUUUAUUGUAUUUAUGAUUUUGUCAGUUCCUUUUGAACUUCUUAGGUUGUGAGAAUGUGUCUUCCAUGAGUAUUCUUGGUGUAAAAUAUGGGAGAUAAUUCAAUCUAGAAUAAACAAUUGGUGGUUUGAAU